AAUGAAGUAACUCCAUAAGCCGUUUAUCAAAAAAUGGCUGACUCUGAACUUGUGAAAAGUGUUUUGAUCGAACUUCUGGGGAAAGAUCAUAAAGCCGUUAAAUUGCAAGAUGAAAAAGUCAACGAAGAACAACUUGAAGUACAACAAGACAGCGAACUUCAAAGUGUGAGUCGCGCAGCUUACUCGUGCAAAGAAAAUUUUGAAGAAUUUCUGAUAGAAUCUACGGGAGAAAGUGAAAUUCACGUCUUGUCAUUUAAAACCGAAGGACCGCAAGGCUUCCGAGCCGAAUUAGUGUUUCCGUGUUAUUCCGUGGAGCAUAUGGACAAUUGGGUGGAGGAUUUUGAAAGAGCAAGUGGAUGUGCUUUGAGGCAGAAACUAAUUGAGAAAGUGAGACCAAAUGCGAUUGUUAAUGUUCACAAGGCACGACGGAAAUGUGCGUUCAAAAGCGUUCGAAAAAGUCAAAUUGCAGAUCGGUGCUACCCGGAAUUAGUCAACUGUGAUGCGGGUGUUACAUCUUGUCUGAAGAAGGAUGGUUUUGCCCAUAUUUGUAUCGACAUGGUUCAUAACCACAGUCUCAAAGAUGAUUCGAGGAUAUGGGCGAGGUCACAUCUGUCUCAGAAACAAAAACAACUCCUCACAGACUUAUUCCGAGCUGGACUGACACCGGUGCAAGUACUGGAUUAUCUGAAGACAAUUCCAGUGGACUGUGGUGAGCGAUGUUUUCCUGUAGUGUCUAAUAAAGAGGCAUCAAAUGGGUUUCAGUUGCAACAGAAAGACCACCCACGAAAUUUAUCGUACCAUCAAGUGUACCAUGCGUUCAAGAAGUUCAAAGAACAAAGUAGCAGAGAGUGCGUGAAAGAUUUUGUGAAGAUGAGGACUCGACUUGAGCAUGACUUGGAUGUGUUUAAAUCUAGACUUUGUCGAAGUGAGAUGUUGAUGGCCUCUGCCCAGUGUUUUUUGGGCAAAGCGGCUCUUCUAAGCGACAGAGAGCUCACAGAAUUUCUGAUGUCUAAGCCUCUCACCUCGGAAGCAAAUAAAGUGCCACUUAAUGCACCCAAAAACUUACACAGGAAGACCCCGGAAGCUAUCUCAAAUAGGUCACAUUUAGACAACACUAGUAGAACUCAAGAUUCAGGAAUUGUUUCAUCUUGCGAGGACGAUGAUCCGAUAGCCUAUGCGUCUAAUGUCAUUGCUUCCAGUGAAAAACAUUGCUUUGACAAUUUGAUCACAUUUGAUAACUCGCCAAGAAAGCCGAAAAUGCCUCGAGUUGAUAAGUGCCACCAAAGGAUGAACCACAUUUAUGAGCUCGGAUGUUUCGAAAGUCCCAUCCGGGAUUCGAACUUGCAAUCUCCGGCUGCAAAAUUUGACAGAUCUGAUGCAACUUCAGAAAAAGUUCACAACACACCACCAGAAGUCAACGCAGUUGAAAUUGUGCAAUUAGAAGACGAAACUGUUGAAUAUCCAGGUUACUCGUCGCCGAUCGAGGUUGUAGAUGAUUUGGAGCUAAGUGAGUUUUCGACUGAAAGAACGCCUGCAAAGGAACACAGAUCAAAAACAUCAUUGGCGCAAAAGGCAUUCAUGGAAACUCUGAUGCUGAGUGCUGGAAAGAAGAAAACUCCUGUUCGUCAAACUAAUUUCCUAACUCCGACGAAAGCUACUCCCAAAGAUAUCUUCAUGACACCCGAUUACUCAAGGCCUCAUAAAAUGAAGCCCCACAACUACAACAUGUGCAAUGGGAAGCCGACGAUUUCACUGGAGGACUUGCUGAAAACACCUCCUACUACGGGCCCAUUUUCUGGUCCAGCCAACUUCACCACUCCGGGGUCCAUAGCGUUUUCCUUGCUCGAAGAAGACACGAGCGUUGACAAUGUAGAAAACCCCACAGAAAGUCAAAGUAGUAUAGGAAAAGGGGCAACCGAUAAAUAUCGCUCAAAAUUUCCCUCAAAUUUCUCUCCUACAUCACAAUUUUUAUCGCAAUUGCCUUCGAAUUCAGUAAAUUUGAAAUAGUCAUUAUGUUUUGAUAGGAAACAGUUAUGAUUUCGAGAUAAUAUUUUGGAACAGAAUUUUUGAAGUUGU